GCAAAUUGGGGCCCACUAGUCAAAUAACGUUGGAAACAGCCCGUUCCACAUCAUUUAGUCAGUUUCAUGCAGAGUACCUCCCGGGCCACUGCUGAAGUCUAUAAAGAUCCAUCCAACCGCACGAACAAUCUUCAAUCCAGCAGCUCAUCCAUCUAUUCUAGACGUGCCAAAAACGACGAACCUUUCUCUGACCAUGAAGACCACCCAGAUCCUCUCCGUGGCCGCGGCCAUGGCCGGUCCGAUUGCUGCGCAGGAAACCUGCGAGCAGUACGGCACCGUCACCCAAGGCCCCUACAUCAUCAACAACAACAUGUGGGGAAUGGACUCGGGAAGCGGCUCCCAGUGCACAACCCUCGACAGCGCCUCGGACGCCGGUGUCGCCUGGCACACCACUUGGACCUGGUCCGGCACCGAGAACUCCGUCAAGGCCUACCCUUACUCGGGCGUGGAGUUCGAAAAAAAGCUGAUCAGCGAUAUCACGAAGAUCCCUUCGGCUGUGGAGUGGAGCUACGACAACACUGAUAUCCGCGCUAACGUCGCCUACGAUCUCUUCACUGCUGCGGACAUUGACCACGCCACGUCCAGUGGUGACUACGAGUUGAUGAUCUGGCUCGGCCGGUACGGCGAGGUCGGUCCCAUCGGCUCACAGAUCGACAGUGCCGACGUCGGCGGCAAGACCUGGGACGUCUACAACGGCCCCAACGGCGACAUGAACGUGUACAGCUUUGUUGCCGCGGAGCCGAUCACAUCCCUCGAGACAGACGUCAAGGAGUUCUUCACCUAUCUGACCGAGAAUCAGUCCUACCCCGCGGACAAGCAAUACCUCAUCACGUUGCAAUUCGGCACUGAGCCCUUCACUGGUGGAGAGGCGACCCUCACUGUUAAGAACUGGUCUGGUAGUGUGGCUUAGUGGUUUCAUUUUCAUAGACUUUGAAAUGGUCUGGAUUGUGGAUGGCAGAGGAGAAUUUUUUAAAGACCGUAAAGAAGUUUUUAGUAUUCAUUUCAUCACCAUGCUGCGGUUGUCU